UGAAAUUAUUUCUCCUGUCAAGUGAAAAUUAUGUCAGUCAUUUUUGAUCAUUUGCAGACUGAUUAAGUUUUGCAGCAAAAUAGUCAUACAUUAGUUUUCUGCUGCAGAGUAACAGUCUGAGCUGUGGCCAAUGAGAGAGCUGCUUUCAUACUCUAACCACGCCCACCCUGAGUAAACCGUCCAAUCAAAGGAGACCUUGUGUUUUUAAAUUCCCCACGCUCCCACCGGCUUGUUCCGAGUUGUGGAUUUGUGAUGGUGUGGUCGCAGCUGCGCCAGUAAAAUUAAACCCAGAGUAGCCUGAGGACACAGAGGGCCACACUGACGACACAUCGCCUCGUCUUUGAGCAGUAGACUCGUCUGGAAUCGGAGAUGACAAAAGGCAAGAAAAAUGUGCUGAGAGCCGUUCAAAAGUCGGAAGAUACAGCUGAAAACACAGUCGCAUCAGAGACUGAUACAAAGGAGAACAAGCAAGCAACCAAAAAGGACUCAAAAGGUAAAGUUCAGUCAGUUCUCCAGAGCUUGUGGAGUCCAAGCAAACCCAGAUCUCCUCUGAGUGACAGUUCAAGCAUAGUCACCCAAGAGGGAAAUGAUUCUGAAGCAAUUAAUCCUGACAAGUCAAGGCCAAAAAAAGAAAGCGGUAAAAUGAAAUCUGGGAGCUCUGAGUCCAAAGAGCAGAAACCUGAAGGACCUUGUCAAAGACAUGGGACAACAGAAAAAUCAAGUGAGCAUCUUGAACCCAAAGAGUCAGAUGUAAAGCCUGCAAAUGACGAAAAACCUCCAGCAGUCAAACAUCCCAGCAGAACUGGUCGCAAACGCGGAACAAAAAAAGUAAAGAACAAAGGUACGGACAACAGAAAGGUCACAGACUAUUUUCCCAUCAGACGUAGUAACAGAAAGACCAAGACAGAGUUAAAGAGUGAAGAACACAAACACAUUGAUCAUCUGAUAAAGACUGGCACUGAAGAAGGACUGCAGGUCAAGCACAUUGAAGGAAAAGGAAGAGGAGUUUUUGCUGUCAAAGGUUUCAAAAAGGGAGAUUUUGUUGUCGAGUACCAUGGCGACCUACUGGACCUCGCCCAGGCUAAAAUAAGAGAAGAUCAGUAUGCUGCGGAUCCUGCAACGGGCUGUUACAUGUAUUACUUCCAGUAUCAAUCAAAAUCUUACUGUGUUGAUGGGACAAAGGAGACGGGCCGUCGUGGAAGACUGAUUAACCACAGUAAAAAUGGAAACUGCCACACAAAGCUCCAUGCCAUCGAUGGAGCCCCUCAUCUGAUCUUGGUGGCUUCAAGAGACAUCAAAGCAGAGGAGGAGCUGCUCUAUGACUACGGCGACCGGAGUAAAGAAUCAUUAUCUGCACACCCUUGGCUCAAAUACUGAAACAUUGACCAUAAUUCACAUGAAUUGGGGUUUUCUGAUGUACCGGUAUUUCAUACUUUGUUAAACGCUGCCACAUAUGGACCGUCGUCAUUGCUUUUGAAUAACUUCUUUGUUUUAAACUGCAGCAACAGUUUCAAUGCUUCCAGUGUAAUUUUGCAAAAGGUGCUUUUAUAUUUUUUUCAAUUUAAUUUGUAGCAGAUCAAUGUAAACUUGUGUGCCCCACCCCCC